GUUCGUUAAAAGCACAAAUACAUAUUGCAAUGACACGUUUAGAUAUUCUCUGGAUAUUACUUAUGGUGGAAGGCUUUUUUGCAGCUGGUUCCGAUUAUUUUAAAGAUCCAUUUGUAAUCAGCCAUAGCCAAUCGAAACAGUAUUUGGAUGAGAACGGUCGACUAACUAAAAACCUUUUUCUAACGGAAAAAUUUCUUCUUAAACGCUUUGCCACCAAGGCAGUGCUUAUUUUGUCGCGCAAACAAGCGGGAAACUGCUAACCGUUAAAGGUGGUUGCGGCAAUACGGUGAUAUCACUAGAACCGAAACAGUUAACAAAAAAACAGAGAUUCGGUUUCCUGGAUGGAACUCACAUUACAAGCAAGUGUGACCCUAACUCAAUCGUUGGGUUAGCUGAUAACAAUGAGACGUUGACUAUAAAGAAGAACGACCCCGCAGAUUAUACGAAGAAUAAGAUUUUAUUACGACAUUUAUACAUCCCAGGCUUAUAAUCAUAAAUAUCGCUUUUCAUGCUGGAAUUUUUGUUUUAAUAUUAGUGUUAAUUUUUGAGAAACAUUUCAGUUUACGAGAUAUAUGGAAAAUAAACUGAAGACUAAAUGGUUGCGCUCUCAGUAUAUUAUUGAUAUUA